AUGAAGUGGAAAAUAUUUCAAAUAAAUUGGCCUUUAAUUCUUUUUAUUUUUCAAUUCUUUUUAACCGCAAAUGCACAAUGGAAUAGCUCUGCAGGGCCAUUAAGUCCAAUUGCUUUUAAUUUGGCAACAGGCCGUCGUAUAACAGCUAGUUCAACUUGUGGAGAAGUAAAUGGAAGACCAACUAGGGAAAUAUACUGCACAAUUGCUGGAGCAAGUCCAUAUUCCCCAUACAAUCAAUAUACUUUUACAACAAUACUGGAUGAAAGGCGUAAUAAAUAUAGAGAAAUGCGGGCUGAAGCUGGUUCUUUUAUUCAAGAUGGACAAAAUUGUGAUUUUUGUGAGGCAAAUACAUCCUCUGCUCAUCCAGCAUCAAAUAUGGUAGAUGGAACGCCAUUAUGGUGGCAAAGUCCUCCACUUUCUCGAGGGAAUAUUUAUGCCCAAGUGAAUAUUACAAUUUAUUUAGAACAGCCAUUUUAUGUUUCGUAUGUUUGGGUUCAAAUGGCAAAUAGUCCUCGACCAGCAACUUGGGUACUUGAACGUUCUGCUGAUUUUGGAAUUACUUGGCAUCCAUGGCAAUAUUUUGCUUCAUCACCUGCUGAAUGUUCUCGUUUAUUUGGACUUGCUUUCCUUAGACCGAUAAUGGAAGAUGAUGAUGUUAUUUGUACUAGUGAAUUCUCAAAAACUGAUCCAAUGGAUAAUGGAGAAAUUAUGCUUAAUUUACUCGAAGGAAGGCCUUCAAAAAAUAAUUUUGGCGGCUCUAAAAAAUUGCAAGACUUUGUUUUGGCUACAAAUGUUCGUUUACGUUUAUUGCGACCAAGAACAUUGCAGGGAUAUUUGAUGGAUUUACAUGGGACACAAGACCAAACACAAGAUGUUACUGUAACUAGAAGGUAUUAUUAUGGAAUUAAAGAAAUUUAUAUGGUCGGAAAAUGUAUUUGUAAUGGACAUUCUGAACAUUGUGAACCAUGGGAUCCAGCACGUCCUAAUUUAUGGCUUUGUAGAUGUGAUCAUAAUACAGAAGGGGAUAAUUGUCAACGAUGUAAACCUGGAUUCGAACAAAAACGUUGGAGACAAAGCCAUGAUGAUGACCAAUUUGUUUGUGAACCGUGUAAUUGUCAUGGACAUUCGAAUGAUUGUGUUUAUGAAGAAGAAUUAGAUUUACAAAGAAAAAGUUUGGAUAUUAAUGGAAAAUUGGAAGGAGGGGGACGUUGUUUAAAUUGUCAACAUAAUACUAAAGGAAUUAAUUGUAAUGAAUGUGUUAAGGGUUAUUUUAGACCAACAGGAAAAAAUUGGAAUGAAAUUGAUGUUUGCCAACGUGAGUCUAUUUUAUUCUUAUUGAAUCGAGAGAAUAAUCAGGGACAGUGUAAUAAAUGCAGGAUAAGGAAGCCAAUUCGUUUGACGGUAUCUUGUUCCGAAAUCCCAGGAUUUACAGAAUUGAUUCACGUGAUCAUGUCCCAUUCAAUUUCACGGGAUUCCGGAUGCUACUACUGGAUGCUACUAUUUUCCUCUACCCCCUCUUCCUCUCCUAAUAAAUUUAAUACUAAAUAA